ACAUGAUCCUUUUUUUUUGUAUAAGAACCAAACCUCAGUUCUUUCAACUGUCACAAGAAGAAGGAAAAAAUGAAGUUUUUGUCUUGUUAUGGUCUCUUGCUAUUGCUGUUAUUGCUUUGUUUCCAUGAAGGUCUUUCAUGGAGCACACAGUUUAACCAAGCUGAGAACUAUGAGGGUUCUUCAGACCUCGUUAGCCUACAAUACCACAUGGGACCAGUCCUUGCAUCAGCUGUGAAUUUGUACAUCAUCUGGUAUGGUCAAUGGAGUCCUACUCACCAAGGGACUAUAAGGGACUUCAUUGAUUCCUUAUCUUCUUCUUCUUCAGUUCCUUAUCCUUCUGUUGCUGACUGGUGGCAAACUGUGAGGCUCUACACUGACCAGACAGGAUCAAACAUCACAGGUUCUAUUUCCCUUUCAGGUGAGUUUUAUGAUACCGGAUAUUCUCAUGGAAUAUUUCUGAGUCGUUUAUCGAUGCAAUCCGUCAUCAAAACUGCGGUCACUUCACGUUCGAGGCCGUUGCCUCUCGAUCCUCACAAAGGCCUCUAUUUGGUGCUGACUUCCGAUGAUGUUCGGGUCGAGGAUUUCUGCAGGGCAGUAUGUGGUUUUCAUUACUUUACUUUCCCUAUGGUUGUUGGUGUAACGGUUCCUUAUGCCUGGGUUGGUUAUAGUGGGAGUCAAUGUCCGGGCAUGUGUGCUUAUCCAUUUGCUUGGCCUAAGUACUCAGGGAAGCCGCCACCUAGUAAUGACAUAAUGCGUUCGCCGAACGGGGAUGCAGGGGUGGACGGAAUGAUCAGUGUUAUCGCUCAUGAGCUAGCGGAAGUGUCGAGUAAUCCGCUGGUUAAUGCAUGGUAUGCCGGAGAUGAUCCGACUGCACCAACUGAAAUCGCGGACUUGUGUCUAGGUUUGUAUGGCUCUGGUGGUGGAGGUGGAUAUGUGGGUAAAGUUUACAAGGACGCCUGGGGAAAUGGCUAUAAUGUGAAUGGAGUUGGAGGAAGAAGAUUUUUGGUUCAAUGGGUUUGGAAUCCUGUGAAAGGAAGAUGCUUUGGGCCCAAUGCCAUGGAUUAGAAACUUGCCUCGUUGUUAAGUACUGUAUAUUUUGGAAAUUUAUGAUCCUUUUGCUUGUUUAAAACUCGUAAGGAUCAUAUAAAGAUGUAUGAAAAUUAGUAUCGGUUUUACUA